AUGAGCCCACAUACAUCAGUGAAGCAAAAAUCUUUCUGCACAUGUGCAGGUAUUUUCGUGUGGCUAAGCUACUUCCUCAUCCUGGUUAAUCGAAAUCGAGGAGUAAAGCAUCAUUCCCACGGUAGAAAGGAAGUUAUACGACUAGUAGGAAUUUCAAAUAAUAACGAGACAUUUCAUGACUUACAUCCAAGAUGGAUGAUGAUUACAUAUUCUCCAUUUGGAAAUAGAAAAAAUAAUCUAUUCAUCAAAUCAAAGAAUACACCUAGAUCAGUUUCCCCAAGUGAAGUAAGAAUUAAUCGAAAAAUAUUCCAAGUAAGAGAGAAUGCACAAGGGGAAACUAUGAUGACAUUAGAGAGAAGACCAUAUGAUGUUGGAAUUUUGGGAUGUGGUGUAGGAGGGCAUGCUGCUGCCAUAAAUGCAAUGGAAAGCGGAUUAAAAGUUUUACUUUUCACAGGAGAGGAAAAUGACAUUGGAGGUACAUGUGUUAAUGUUGGAUGCAUACCAAGUAAAUCACUUCUAUACGCAACGAAUAAAUAUAGAGAAUUAAAAAAUAUGGCAAAAUUGUAUAAUUAUGGCAUUUACAGUAAUUUGUUUUCCCAAAAAGGGAAGAAAAAUAAUUCACCAUCUGAAAGCAACCAGUUAGUAGCUGAUAGUGUUCAGAUUGAUAUAGGAAAAUUAAAAGAAUACACACAAAGUGUUAUUAACAAAUUAAGAGGCGGAAUUAUGCACGGAUUGAAAACUUUCAAAUUUUCUAAAAAUUCUGAACAUGUUCAGGUAAUUCAUGAAAAUGGGUAUAUAAUUGAUAAAAAUACUAUAAAAGCAGAAAAAAGCAGAAAUGAAUACAAAGUUAGAAAUAUAAUCAUAGCAACGGGAUCAGUCCCAAAUGUUUCUCACAAUGUAGAAAUAGAUCAAAAAAGUGUUUUUACCAGUGAUCAAGCAGUUAAAUUGGAAGGGUUACAGAAUUAUAUGGGCAUAAUCGGAAUGGGUAUAAUAGGUCUUGAAUUUUCAGAUAUAUAUACAGCCCUUGGUUCAGAAAUAAUCUCAUUUGAACACUCUGCACAGUUCCUUCCAAUGCUCGAUAAUGACGUGGCUACGUAUUUUGAUAAGGUUUUUAUCAAGACCAAACCUAUGCAAAUGCACUUAAAUGCACGUAUUCAAUAUGUGAAGUCAUCUCGACCCAACAAACCUGUAGUAAUCGGGUACACUGAAGGGGACACGAAAAAAGUUGCUGACAACGGUGCAAAUACAGGUGUCGAUUACAGCCCCGAGAACAGUGUAAAGGGGAUCCCUAUUAAAGAAACUUAUGUAGAUAGCUGCCUAAUUGCCACGGGCAGAAAAGCAAACACAGAAAAUAUUGGACUAGAAAAAAUGAAAAUUCAAACGAAUAGAGGUUAUGUACAGGUAGAUACACAUCUACGAGCGAAAAAAGAAAAUGAAGAAGUUUACAAUAAUAUAUUUUGCAUAGGGGAUGCAAACGGUAUGCAGAUGUUAGCACACACAGCAGCGCAUCAAGCGUUAAGGGUUAUCGAUUAUAUAAAAGAAAAUAGGAACGAAGAGGAAAAAGAAAAAAACAAAAGCAUAAUAGAUUCUCAAAACAAAUGGAUGAAUAAACCAAUUAUAUAUAAAAACAUCCCAUCCGUGUGUUACACAAAUCCAGAAUUGGCAUUUGUCGGAUUAACAGAAAAAGAAGCAAAACAGUUAUACCACCCUGACAACAUAGGAACAGAAAUAACAUACUACAAGGCAAAUUCAAAAAUACUUUGUGAAAAUAAUAGUAUCGAAUCUAUCAAUGUUCAUAAAAAUAAUUUAUAUAACAAAGGAAAGUAUAACACUAUAGAUAACACAAGUGGAAUGGUAAAAAUUAUUUAUAAAAACGAUACAAAAGAAAUUCUUGGUGUCUUCAUAGUUGGUAAUUAUGCCUCCAUUAUUAUUCACGAAGGAGUACUUGCUAUAAACAUGGGCCUCUCUGUGUAUGACUUGGCUUACAUGGUACAUUCUCACCCUACCGUUAGUGAGGUUCUCGACACAGCUUUCAAGUCUAUCGCUCAGGUUCGUACUCAUUAG